AUGAAGUACUCGACUUUGCUAAUUCUAGGCCUAAUUUUGGCCCUCACUUUUGGUGGGGAGACUGCCAAGACCAAGUCCAAGAAGGUGAAGAAUAAGCAGAAGCAGGAGGUCCUGUCCCUGGCGGAACCCUGCAAAUCUGCAAACUGUAAGCUGCCCGAUUGUCGUUGCUCGGAUGCUUUGCUGCCACGGUCCAAGUUUCAGGGCAAGGAGAGCGAGAUUCCUCAGUUUGUGACCAUCACCUUUGACGAUGCCGUAAAUGCGGUGAACUAUGCCCAGUAUGAGCUCCUUUUCGAAGGUUUGAUCAAUCCGGAUGGCUGUACGGCCGCUGGAACCUUCUUCCUGUCCCAUGAAUAUACGGAUUAUGUGAGGGUCAGCCUGUAUAGAGCAGGUCAUGAGAUCGCCCUGCAUUCGGUGACCCAUGGCGAUGGCACCGAUUACUGGCGUUCAGCGGAUGUGGCCACUGUGGAGCGAGAGUUUGGUGCACAGUUAAGGAUGCUGGAGGCGUUCGCUAAGGUGAAUCCCAAGAGCAUUCAGGGCAUGCGAUUGCCCUUCCUUCAGAUCUCUGGAAAUAACACUUUCGAGGCAGCACGUCGUCUGGGUUUGAGCUACGACAGCUCCUGGCCCACGCAGCAGUUCAAGGAUCCGGCCAUGUGGCCUUACACUCUGGACUAUCAGUCGAAACAGGAUUGCCAGAUUGGUCCUUGUCCGGAGGCCUCCAUUCCCGGACUGUGGGUUAAUCCCAUGGUCACAUGGACUGACACCGAGGGCUAUAGUUGCUCCAUGAUCGAUGCCUGUGUAUAUCCGCCGGAGGACAAGGUGGACGCAUUGUUUGAUUGGAUGCUGGAGAACUUUAAUCGGCAUUAUCAGGGAAGUCGAGCUCCCUUCGGCAUGUAUCUGCAUGCAGCUUGGUUCUCAAGGGGACGCAAUUAUUUUGGGGCCUUUAAGAAAUUUAUUAAUCACUUGAAUACCUAUCCGGAUGUGUAUUUUACUGGCAUUUCGCGUAUGCUGGAGUACGUAAAGAAACCCGUUCUGGGUGCACCCUUUAAGGAUUGUCCCGUCCUGCCGGAGGCAGACUGUCGCGCCGUCCAGUGCCAUGUCCAGAAGCUAUCCACCGGCGAGGAGCGUUACCUAAAUGUCUGCGACAAGUGCCCCGUCGUCUAUCCUUGGCUGGACAAUCCCCUGGGUCAGCAGCUAUAA